AUGGUAUCAGCAACCAACUCGCCUGUACUCUAUCACAACCAUCCCCUUCACUCGCCAAACAAUAAUCAACCGCUCAUACCAUAUCGUUCGCUGGUCUCAGCAGCAACACUUCCCUCAGAACUCAUUAUCUACAUUUUUAAAUUCAUAACCUCCCCCGCUGACCUCAAAUCGUGUAUUUUCGUGUGCAAGUCAUGGUGCCAUUGUGGAGUAGAACUCCUCUGGCAUAAACCGAUAUUCACCGGAAACGGUUCUCUGAUCAAACUUUUAUACACUCUUUCUCGUCCUAGCCAAACCUUUCAAUACUCUCUCCUCAUACGGCGACUAAACUUUUCCUUUCUUGGUGAAAAUAUAUCCGAUCAGAUUCUCCAACGAUUGAGUUCGUGUGAGCGAUUAGAGAGAUUGACGCUGUGCGGUUGCAAAAAGUUGACGGAUAAUGCAUUAGAGAAUCUGUUAAAGAGGGCUAGGAAUCUGGUUGCGCUGGAUGUGGCUGAUAUCGAAGGGUUGACUGAUAACGUGGCCGAAUUGGUGGGGCUGUGGCGUCGAAUUGCAGGAACUUGA